AUGUAUCCAAUUGACACCACUUCUAUUUUUAAUACUUUCCAAGUUGACGAAGAACUAUACAAUUUGAUUUGUCAACAAAAAGAAUGGAGUACCGAUGAAGAGUUAUUCUUAGACCAUUUGAAUCUCUAUUCAAGCCAAGUGGAGUCAGUCUGGAAUCAAAACUAUCAAGCAGAGUUUUCCAACGAAACAUUCAAUGAAUAUAGUCCUUUCCAAGUUGAUGAUGUAUCAUCUCAAAACUCAGAAGAAUCCAUUGAAUAUUCUGAUAACGGAUCACUGGAUACCCAAAUUUCAUAUCAGAAUGACUUUGAACAACAACAACAACAACAACAAUACAAUGAAAUUAUUUAUUCCGAAAAUCAAUUAGACAAUGAAUCAUAUUCUCAAGAAUCAAUCUAUUCAACCCCAGAACUUGUAAUAGAUUUAUCACUGGAAUUCAAUAUUGAUAUCAAUUUAGACUUGGUUGGUUUUAUACAAACAAAUUCUCCUACCGGUUCACCAAAACAAAGUAGAGAAACUUUCAAUCCAUAUAAAAAAUCAAUUAGAAUUACUUUUGAAGAUCUAAAAUCGAAUCAAUCAGAUGUUGCAAAGAAAUAUGGAAUAAGUACAACAGUCCUUAGUCGUGGAUACAGAAGAUUUGUUAGAAUGAUUCAAGAAGGAACACAUGUGCUAUCAACAAAUCAGAGAAUUUUAGAGUUCUACCAGAGAAGUGGCUCCGAAAGAAACAUUCUUUGGCCUUAUAGAUCAAUACGUCACCAAACAAAAUCAAAUUUGGAAACUUUGGAAUUAAUUUGCUCAUUGGGGCUAGAUAUUUAUUUUUAA